AUGGCUUCACGGGUGUUUCUGAUGAGUCUGGAGGAGGAGGAGCAGCGCAGGUCAAUCUGGGAGAAGAACACGCUGCUGAUCGAGGCCCACAACCUGGAGUAUGAGCAGGGCAUGCACUCCUAUCAGCUGGGCAUGAACCACCUGGGAGACAUGGGCUCCUGCUGGUCCUGUUGGCCCAUCAGCGCCGCGGGGGCUCUGGAUGGUCAGCUAAUGAGGAGCCGGAGGAAGCUGGUGCCCCUCAGCCCCCAGAACCUGGUGGACUGCGUCAGGAGCAACUACGGCUGCAUGGGCGGCUACAUGACCAACGCCUACAAGUACGCAAUGAAGAAAGGCAUCAGCUCUGAGAGGAAAUAUCCCUACAUGGGCUUGGAGCAGAAGUUUGCCUUUAACAGAUCAGACAGGGUGGCCCAGAUCUGGGACUUUAUGGAGCUCCCUGAGGGGAACGAGCGGGUCUUGCGGGCAGUCGUGGUCGUGCAUGGGCCCGUUUCCAUGGGGAUCCAAGCCAGAUCCACAAACUUUAUCUUCUACAAGAGCGGUGUUUACCACGACCCCAAGUUUAGCCGGGACGACCUGAACCAUGCCGUGCUGGUGGUCGGCUAUGGCAUCACUCCCACCUGCAAGAAGUUCUGGAUCGUUAAGAACAGAUCAGGUGACGCGCAGGCCUACAGUUCAGCAAGGGCUAACCUGAAAAGGGGCAUCAAGAGGGCCAAGCACAGCCACAAGCUAAGGAGUGAGGAGCACUUCACUUGCAUCUCCAACCCCCAACGCAUGUGGCAGGGCAUCCAGGCCAUCACGGACUACAAACCCACCUACACCUCCCCCCCAACCAGCGACACCUCCCUCCCUGAUGAGCUUAAUAACUUCUACGCUCGCUUUAACAGGGACAUCCAGGAGGCGACCAUCAAGGCUGUACUCCCUACAGACCACCAGCCGCUUACACUCGCCCCCACCGACGUGUGCUGCACUGAGCAGGAUCAAUGCACGCAAGCCUGCUGGCCCUGA